UCAUCACGCCGUUGGAACCUUCAGCUGUCAGACUUUGGCCACCCUCAAAGUACCAGGUUUUGUUAGCAAACUUAACCCGGACUGUUCGACCGGCGCCGACUCGAUUCAAAACUCGGUGCAUUCGCGUGCGGAUCGAUCUUCGGACGCGCGGGCCGGAGGUCGCAACGCCGAGUUUUUGCACGAAACCGAAACAUCUCGGGUUUUUUUUUUUUUUUUUUUUCAGUCGCUGCUGGUUUCUGCACGACGAGCCAGCGGAUCCUGAGCGGGUGUAAGGGUAGAUGCAGGGAGGGAGCAGAAAGAAAAAAAAAAGGCAAAAGUCUUUGUGCUUCCCUUCCCCCUCAUCAAAGCAAAGGGGAAAUGUCUCUGUCCAAAGGAGGGAAGAAGAAGAACCCUGGGCUGAAGCUGGCCAAGGAAGUGUUUGCGGCGCCCCAACCAGCAGCAGCAGCGGCCCCUCGAGAUCUUGACUCUAAAGCUUGCGUCACAAUUGGAGAUCAGAACUUCGUGGUGAAGGCAGAUGACUUGGAGCAGAUUUCGGAGCUGGGGAGAGGAGCGUACGGUGUGGUGGACAAGAUGAAACAUGUGCCCAGUGGUGUUAUCAUGGCUGUCAAGAGGAUUCGUGCCACAGUCAACACUUUAGAACAGAAGAGGCUUCUGAUGGACCUUGACAUCUCCAUGAGGACAGUGGAUUGCUUCUUCACCGUGACCUUCUAUGGCGCCCUCUUCAGAGAGGGGGAUGUUUGGAUCUGUAUGGAGCUGAUGGACACUUCACUGGAUAAGUUCUAUAAGAAGGUUAUUGAGAAAGGCAAAACCAUCCCGGAGGACAUCUUGGGAAAGAUCACAGUAGCAAUUGUCAAGGCAUUAGAGCAUCUGCACAAUAAACUGUCAGUCAUACACAGAGAUGUGAAGCCCUCCAAUGUUCUGAUCAACACUCAGGGCCAAGUGAAAAUGUGCGACUUCGGGAUCAGUGGCCACCUGGUGGACUCUGUGGCCAAAACAAUGGAUGCAGGCUGUAAGCCCUACAUGGCGCCCGAGCGGAUCAACCCAGACCUCAACCAGAAAGGCUACAGUGUCAAAUCGGACAUAUGGAGUCUCGGUAUCACGAUGAUUGAGCUGGCCAUUUUGAAAUUCCCCUACGACUCAUGGGGCACCCCGUUCCAGCAGCUCAAACAGGUUGUAGAUGAGCCGUCUCCACAGCUGCCCACUGACCGUUUCUCCCCAGACUUUGUAGAUUUCAUCUCCCAGUGCUUAAGAAAGAAGCCAAAUGAGAGACCGGCUUAUACAGAAUUAAUGAAACAUCCAUUUUUCACCCUGCAUGACUCCAAAGAGACCGACGUGGCCAGUUUUGUCAAGGUCAUCCUGGAUGACUGAUGGGCUCCCCCGCGGGCUCAACCCCACCAGGGUAGGCGGGACCGCUCAACAAACGAACCAAUGGCCUGCCUUUAUUUUAAAACUCACUGGAAUGACAGACUCUCAUGUACCUACACACAACAGGGGGGGGGUGGGGGGACGGGACGGGUGACCCAAAGACUGACAGCAGCCCAGAAGCACUGGAGAGCGGCGGUAACAUGAACUUGUACGGUCAACUGGAGAGGUGUAAUUCACUCCUCCAAGCUUCCUGUGUGCGCAGUUAUCAAACAUGACAAAUAUGAACUGAACCUUGUUUUGUUGGUUUUGUCUUGUCCACCCCUUUUGUCUUUUACCCCAAUGCCCUUCUCUUCUUGCCAUUGUUUCUUUGUGACACAUAUUGUAUGAAAUAAUUUGAAUUUCAACUGCAAAACCAACAGUUAAAUGUGUAUGUCGUUGCAUAUUGAAAGCUAUAUUUGCAUAUGCGUUUGUAUUUUUUCUCAUUAUACAGAGUUUUGAUACUGUAUAUCGUUGACAUGUGUGAAUUUUACCCGACUCUAAGGCCUUAUUUGUCAGAUGGCGUCAGGUGAACAUUUUUGACCCAGUUCUGCCCUCAGGCGAUUGGUCAGUGCAUGGGCUCCGGUUGCCACGGGGCUGGGCCGCGGGAGAUUCGGUGGCUGCGGCAAAACGUAAGAAAUGUCAAAGGUCACAUUCUGGGUGAGAGGGAGUUGCAAAUCAUUCCUAGAUUGCUUGGCGGUGCAAGGCGGGAAUGUAAGUCAUCCAAUAUCAUCCGUGAUCUGAGGCGUAACCCUCCAUGUAUUGACCCCCUCAGUACUCCUCUCUCUUGGGUAUUAAAGAGUGGGCUCCACUGCUGCCAUUGUUACUACCUGGAAGUAUUCAGGGGUUGCCUAAUUGAGCUCACAGCUUUAGCUUUCUUUCUGUGUGACAUUUUGCUAAAUCAUUCUCUUGAAUGACUGCAUUAAUUAUGUUUCUCUCCUUUUUUUCUCGGACGGAUUUUUUUUUUCAAUUUUAUUUCUGCAGCAUUUAAACUUAUUAAUCCCUUUGCCUUUUACCUUUAUCAAUUCUGGAGUCAGCAUUGUCUCUACAUAAGAGGCACUUACUUUUUUUGUCGUUGUUUUUGUUUCUUUCCAGAGACCUUACUAUGCCUUACACAGAGAGUAUGGUAGGGAAAUAAUUUAUGUGUUAAAGAUGUAAAUACUAUCUCCUUUUUUCCCCUCUUUCUUUAUUUUAUGUAACAUGGCACUGUCUCAAUCUGGCAGUGUAGAUGAAUGGUAGACUGGUUGGUAUUAGUUAGUUUUAAUGCAGCGUGACACACACACUUGUAGUCACAGGGCCAGCUGACUGUCGUACACCUAUUUUGGACUGAUGUUGCUGUUAGGCUCCGCAGGUUUCUGUGCUCUCCUUCACGAGGAGACCAGCCCUCCCCCGAGCUGGUCGCGCUCUCUGUGAGCGCUGCACCGCGCUGAGCCUCUUUUUUGAAAUUCAACAGCGGGCAGCCAUUAUCUCUUCCAUGCUAUGCAGAGCCCCUUGGACUCGUAACAAGAAUCCCUUGCCAUGUGGCAGUAUCCCCCCACUCCAAGUGUUCAGCGACUGUGAUGAUGAUGAUGAUGGUGGUGAUGAUGAUGGUGAUGAUGAUGAUUGCCGUGCCUCUGUACGUGACUAGCACUCAUUGCCUCUCUGGUUUACACUGUAGUGCGACCUUUAUCAAAAGUCAGUGAGUUAGGAGUAUUUAUGAUUGUGAAUAAUAAGGGAAAGCUAGUAACACCACAAAGAAGCUGCUGUUUUUUUUUUCGCUUCUUAUUUUUAGUUGGCCUUCUUUGGAUGGCCAUUCCCUUGGUGUGUAAAAGUGAGUUUUUACGCUCAUCACAAUGAGAAUGGAACACUUGCUCUACCUCUUCCUCCUUCACUCUAUUUGCCACCUUUUGUUGGGUGGAACUGACAAACUUGAACUAUGGAAAGACAAAAAAAUAAAGGCUUUAUUGUUCA